AUGUCUACCAUCACAUUGAAGGAACACAACAUACCCGUUACCCUCUCAGAAGGCUUGUCGGAGAAACAAUUACUAUCCUUCCAUCCCUUCAAUCUCCGCUCCAUCAAAAUACAAUCCUUCGACCUAUUUGGCGGCUCCCGCCUGGGCUUCGUCAAGCUCGUCGCCGAAGUCACCAACUCGGCCCGGGAGAGGCUCCCCGGCGCCGUCUUCCUGCGCGGGCCGAGCGUAGCCAUGCUGGUAGUCCUGGUCCCCGACGACGCCCCGCUGGAAGAGGGGAAAGCGGACCGUUACGUGCUGCUGACCGUGCAGCCGCGCAUAGCGGCGGGCAGCUUGGCGUUUGUGGAGCUUCCGGCCGGGAUGGUGGACGAGGCGGGUAACUUUGCGGGCACGGCGGCCAAGGAGAUCAAGGAGGAGCUGGGGCUGGACAUCCCGGAAAGCGAGCUGAGGUGCUUGAGCGAGCUUGCUGCCCCCCGGCCGUCCGUCGCUGAGGUUGCGGCGGUUAAGCAGACUUUCAACGAGGAGAUUUUGCCCCAGGCCAUGUUUCCCUCGCCCGGCGGGUGCGACGAAUAUGUUCCCAUCUACAUGCACGAGCGAAGGGUACCGAGGGCGCAACUGAGCGAAUGGACAGGGCGGUUGACGGGUCUCAGAGAUCAUGGGGAAAAGAUCACGCUAAAAAUGGUCAAGAUGGAUGAUCUAUGGCGGGAAGGCGCAAGAGACGCAAAGUGCCUGGCGGCUUUGGCGCUCUGGGAGGGUUUGCAGAGGGAGGGCAAGCUCUAG